AUGCAUCUACAGACCCUCUCUCGUUCAACCAGACGUGCUCCUCUAUCAUUCCCUCUAUUGUCCGAAUCUAGAGCUCCUAUCGCCACAAAUUAUCAUGCCAAUAACUUUACACGAUGUAGGAUAAGCCAGGAGAUAGAUGACUGGCCUCUAGCGGGGAAGCAUUAUGAGCCCGGAGGUCGAUUAACCCGUACUCCCGACAGCUCCUACGAGAACUACAAUGGAAACAAAAUGGGAAUAUACGGGUCAUGGGGUAUCUCCCUCUCACUUAAGAAACAUAUACACCCUAUACGAUUAUCGAACCUGUGGCUAAGAGAUAACUGCCGAUGCCAAAAAUGUUUGAGCCCUCAAACAAUGCAGAGAGCGUUCGAUACAUUCUCACUUCCUAAUGAAAUCGUUCCAGAUGAAGUUUCCACAGAAAAGGAAGGGCUGAGGAUUCUCUGGCCAGCCUCAGAUGGCGAUAGGCACGUCAGCUUCUACACCUGGGAUUGGAUCACCAAAAACGUAUCUAGUUUCCAAAGUAAACAGGAUUCAAAGUCAAGCUUGUAUUCGCUCUGGACCUCUGAAAUCGAGUCAGAUCCACCUACAGUUCAUCAUGAUGAGAUUAUGGCCGAUGAUCAAGGUGUUGGAAAAUGGACAGCUAAGAUCCGAAAAUUCGGGUUCUGUUAUGUAGAGAAAUGUCCAGUUUCACCUGAAAAAACAAAGAGGCUUAUAGAACGCAUCUCUUUCAUAAGAGAAACUCACUAUGGUGGCUUCUAUGAAUUCACAUCGAAUCUUGCCAUCAAAGACACGGCAUAUACAAAUUUAGCCCUUCCACUUCAUACCGACACAACCUAUUUCACAGACCCGGCAGGCCUUCAAAUGUUUCAUCUUCUCUCACAUGAACAUGGGCAGGGUGGUAUCUCAGUACUCGUUGAUGGCUUUAAGGCAGCGCAAAUGCUUAAGCUCCAAAGUCCUGCAGAAUAUAAAAUUCUUACUCAGCAACCGGUUCAUGCGCACACUAUCGGUAACGAAGGUUGCACGAUCAAGCCAGCGAAACCGUUCCCGGUCUUAAACGUAGCCGACUCAGCUGAUGGAGUGGAGCCGGAGUUGUACCAAAUAAGGUGGAAUAACGAGGACCGUGGACUCGUUUCUCUAACAAAAGGAAAUUCUGAGGAUGUAGAUCUUUGGUACUCCGCAGCGCGUAACUUCCACAGUCUUAUUAAUAAGAUUAGUAUGCAAUACAGGGUACAGCUAGAACCCGGAAGACCAUUAAUAUUUGAUAAUUGGCGGGUCCUACACGGGAGAACAUCUUUCACCGGAAGACGAAAGAUGUGUGGUGCAUACAUUAAUCAUGAUGAUUACAUCUCGCGCUGGCGAAAUACUAAUUUUACGCGGGACCAGAUUCAUGAUGAAAUUCUCUGA